AAUGAGUGGUUGUAUUGAAUGUGUCAAGGCAAUUCCUGUUUUCUCUGCAUGCGAAAUUCAAGAAGGAGACCAUAUCGUUUUUGCUGGUACAGUGUACGAUCAUCAUGCAAUUGUAGAGUCUAAACUUCCUGACAAACGGUUUGAAAUAAUAGAAGCAUCAAAUACAUUUUUUGGAGUAGUAACAGGUGUCUUUUUUGGCAAAAAAGCUAUCAUCGGUAAAUCAACCAGAUUGUUUAACUUUGCAACACAAAAUAUUCGUGUCAUAGCUUACAGAGUAAGGCCAUUCACGCGGAAAGAAACUGUACAACGAGCAAGGAAUUUUGUUGAAGGUGAUGGGACGAGUGGAAAGUACGAUUAUGACCUCUUAGAUAAUAAUUGCGAACAUUUUGCCACAUAUUGCGUUACAGGAAGAAAAUUCAGUAUUCAAGUAACAAAAUUCAGAUUAACCAGUAGUUUGUUUUGGAAAAGUGGAUUUAUUGGGAUAAGUGAUGAAUCGAUCAGGAAUGAAAAGCAACAUGAACACGGAAUAAUAUGUAAACAGUGUUUUGAAAUCAACAAACUAUUAUUUGACGUAAAUUUUAUGCCAAUAAAAAAGGCAGCAGAUGUUCAAAGGGGAAACAUCAUAAGGUACAGUUACUGGAACUUGUGGCAUGAUGCUGUCAUCUUAGACAUAAAAGAUGUCAAUGAAUCUCAUGUUACAUGCUACAUUGCACAUUAUGCGUUUUGUGGCAUUUUAUCGCAUAGGACAAUUAUACGAGACGAAUUGAGAGUCUAUUUUGAUGGCAGCUUCAAGUUAUUGGAAUAUGGUCCACCAGACUAUAAUGUUUACGACAUCGAGAAUGUCAUUGAAAGGGCAUCGGGACGACUAGGUGAACAACAGUUUAUGCUCUUUUCUAAUGAUUCCAGUCAUUUCUCGCGUUGGUGUAAACUAAAACGGGAAAAGGCAACAUACGAUGACAGGUUGUAACAUUUAAGACUAUUCGAUAUUGAUGUUGUGAAGUUUCAGUUAUUUUUCAUUCUUUGAACGACAUAUGUACACAGAGUAGUUAUCUUUCAAAGAUAUUUAUACUAUGGAUUCAUUUAUUACGUGGGUACCAAUUAACGUACGUGGAUUGAAACAAAGAAAUGGGUUUUCGUGGAUACUUGAUUUCACCGUUUAGCAAAAGUGUGUAUACAAUCUUUUCGGAAAUUUUUCUUCGUUGAAUACAAACAUUCUUGGUUUGCCUAUUCUUAUGAAAUCCACAAAAUUUGGAACUCUACGAAAAGUAAUUUAAAAGUCACAGUAUAAUGAUUUGGAUUGAUUUUUUUUUCUGACUCACUCCAAUAUUAAACUUUAAUCAAUAUUCGCGUUUGACUUUACUGUUGGUCGUUUGUUUAGUACAUCAGCUAUUCAUUGUUUCAAAUAUGUUUUGGAUUUUUAAAUAUUUUGGCCUCAACUGAGUCAAGCAUCACUGAAGAGACGAUUACUGCGAAAUAUGUAUCGGGUGUAGUAAAAUUGGUUCUGUUUAUCCCUAAUAUAUUAGAUUGGGUUUGGCGUAUUCUUUUGCUGAUUUGCUGAAGUAAUAAUGCGAAAUGCAUUAUUCUAUCUCUCAUCUAUGGAAUAUAAUUUGUAUAGGGAUCCUCCCUCCUGUUGAAUAUAGGGAAAGCAUCAUCCAAUUUUAUUUCAGUUAAUUAAUAUUUGUCACCACGUUUAUUGUUAUUUCGAAUGAUACUUUAUAUUAUUUGUUUCAAUAUGAAGUUGCCUUAAUUAUUCGAAAUGUUUUCAAUAUUGCAACAAAA